CUCUCUGACGUGGAAAAAGAGUGAUCAGGAUAGCAGUGUAGGAUAACCCGUACUUGAGAUCCGAGCUACGACCCGAAGACGCAAAAGGCGCACAUCGCACUUCAGCAUAUACCUAUCAACUUGAGACCCGCUUAACCGGCAUUGAAUACCUAGACAUGGGCGAACGAAGCCAUAGGGAUCGGAGCCAUAACACUCGGACCGACAGCGGCCAUGGUGGGAACGGUAGGCAGGGGCAUAAAGGCCAGAGGACGGACAGCCACCAGAGAACCGGCAAACCGAACGGGUCGAACAACAACACUCAUCCCAAAAACCACGAUCAGAAUCAUAACAGCAACAGCAACAGCAACAGAAACAACAGCAAUAAUAACAAUCAUAACCAGAACCAAACCCAGAACACCUACAACCACAACUACAACCGCAAGAACAGCAACAGCAACAAUGGCAGCAACAUGAACACCCCGAAAUACAAUGACAGUCGCAAUGCAAAUGCAAAGAAAUGGAACAUGAGCCCGCGGCAACCCUUGGCCGAGUUCAUCACCGAGUUCAUGAUGACUGGUACGAUUAACCCAAGAGUGUUGAGAGACUUGGUCGUCGUAACUGCUAUGCUUCUCGACGGAUACUGCAACAAGCGUGUGGCAGACGGCCUAAGCGAACGACAAAUCGUCCAAGAACUGUACAUGCCAGCAAAAGCCUGCUUUAUGCUCGACCGGCUCAUGCAGAGACUGCUGGAAGGAUCCCUCGCAGCCUUUAGACCCGACGAGGAGGGCGACGUCCCAAUGUUGGAUGUCGAUGACCAAAUCUACAACAGCUCAGCUCCUCAAGCUUCGUGCUUCAACAACAUCAACUUGAUGGACCUCGAUGUGUAUCUGGGCCAAAUCAUUUGCGACCAGAUCAGAGGCGCUUCAAGCCUAUAAUUCAAGCCGACUUGAUGUGCACCAAGCUGUGCAGUAAAAGGUGAGGGACCAAUAAGACUGCCAGUUCGGCAGUACCUUACACACAUUCGAAGGUAGGUGAUUACUGUAUUGUACCAUUAGGUGAUUGGGGUAAUCGAGUCUGUAGUUGUUCUAACUUGACGAAGCACAAAGGUUGGAAUCUAAAUUCCGGGCUGUAACCAGCGUUCCGACGCUGAGCGAGGCAUUGAAUUUCUUAUGUAGAUGUUUGAGUCUGAGUCUGAUAAAUCACCGGUAGCUUUCUGGCAAGAUCAAGCUGGAAGACAAAGAGAAUGUAUUGUAUCAGAAACAUAUAAAGAUAGCUCAGCCCACAAAACACGGGUAUU